UGUAUAAAAACAUUAUUCCGUUGACAGGGAUCACUUUCACAUAAUUCGCAAUAACUAUAUGAUUGCUCCCACUUUCAUGCAAUAUGAAUUCCUUGAAGACUGUGGCAGAGAAAGUCAAGCGUAGUCCGCAAAUAAUACGUAGAAAGUUCCAGUUUGUGCAAUACGACAAUUUGAACAAAGGAUUUGAAUUCUGUGACUAUAUACCAAUUCAAACACCAAAUCUUCAUUUUUGGGGAUUGAAAAUGAAGCUUUUUCAAAGAAGGAGCCACGGUUGGGAGAAAUUAGAUGAUAAAAGAGUSGAGAACAGUGGWAGAUCAACAAGACAAAAGGCUCGAACACCUCGACUGGCACUUAGGUUCACUACAAGAAUUCGACAUUUUCUGUCAUAUUUUAAGCCAUUUGUUUGCUAUCAAGAGUUAAGAGAAGAGUGCUUAAAUGAUCCUGAACCAUUGAAAGAUGGAAUAUCCUUUUAUUGUAAGUGGCUGGGAACAAGUCAAGUWUUCAAAGCACAAGGAACGGGCUGCACAGAUGGUGCCAUUAAGCAGAUAGUUGAAGAUGCUAAAAAGAUGAAAUCAUCAAAAGAUUCCCGAGAGAAGAAGUUACAAAAAGUGCUUGUAAUUGUCACCACGAAAAGUCUUAAAAUAGAAGAUAUGGCUACAAAGACAUUAAAAAUGGAAAUACCAAUAUACAGAAUAUCGUAUUGUACAGCAGAUCCUAACUAUCCUAAAGUGUUUGCUUUUAUUGCGAGACAACAAGGCUGUAAAGUUCUACAAUGCCACGCACUUCUCUGCAACAAAGAAUCAAUGGCAAAAGCGAUCUCACUCACUGUCGCCGAUGCCUUUUCAUCAGCUUAUGACAAAUURGAGGACCAAAKCCAGCCMAAAAUAACGCAGCCCUUGCGGGAGAUGACGUCCUCAGAGGUAGAAACUCAGCCCUCAAAACCAGUAUCUCUACUAGUUCUCAGCCAAYCAACAAGUACAGAAAACAKAGGYAACUCUUUUCAAGACGAUUGUGAAAACAAUUUACCAAUAAAAGCAAGUAAUCCUUUUAGAAACGAGGAUACGAACUCCAAUGUUACGAAUCCAUUCACCCAGGAAGAMAAAAAACUCCAACUGAACAAGCGUCCACUGUCAGAGUAUUGCGUGCACGGGCCUCAUAUAAAGAUAUCUGGGGAUGAGUUUCUAGCAGCCGCUUCSAGCGYUGGUUCGUCACAUAGUAUGAYAGCAUUGGUAAGAACAUCGAUAUUAUUGCUACUAAACAACUUUAAACUAAUAACUUUUAUUCUUGUACAGGAUCUUGCAGGUGCAACGAAUUAUGACGAUUUUGAUGUAGAGUUCACAAGGCUUGCUGAGGGACGCUCAAAUUCCAAUCUCUUUGAGACUCCAGUACGAAGAAGUGAUUUACAAGAAGAUUUGUCAACGCUUUUAGCCAAUGAAAACACGGCACUUGAGCUCAUGAAUUCCAAAUCAACGGAGGAUUUGUUAUUUUGAUGAAAAUASUGUAUGUUGAUUUGUAAGGGCACUGACGAAGGACCAAGAUGMCYUUCCUUAGUGAACAAGGGAAAGCUCUGAACGAAAACGAAAGAAAUACAAAAAUACAUUGAYCAGAAUUCUAUUUUUCUUGGUGAAACGGGAGACAGAGCUGCUAAUACAUUAAAUAUUGAUUACAAAAUUACAYCAAUUUUCUGGGUCUCACGGUGAGUGACCGCUGAUAUCAUCUCUUGCAUGAUAAGUGAAGCUCAUACCUCGAUCAAUUAGCUCUAGCUAAUUUUAUGUUACAGCUUGUAUAUUUGUUAUUGUCAGAAUUAUCUUUCUGAAUGCUUGAAUGUAAAUAACUCCAGUGAAUUCAUCAUAAUCAAGUUGUUAUGAAGUCCUUGAGCUCCAAAUAUACAAAUCAGAGACAGGGCGGGACAACCCAUCGCCAAAGAGGAAACAGUCGGAAGGUAAAUUUUUAAACAUCGGAGACCUGAAGGAGAAGUCGUCUUCAAAACAAUAGUCUCCUUCGCAGCCUUCUUUUGUCGUGGUUUAUGUUCCUACUCCUUCUUUUGGGAGUGACAGGAAGGCCGACAAAAGGGAAGGUAACGAAGGAGGAUAUAGAAAGAAGGACGAAAUGUAAACAAAUGUUGAAAUAAUGAAMGAAGUGGAAGAUUUCUCAGCUCUGUUUCUCGAAGUCUAAUUUAGAAUGAAUGAAUGCUCCAUAUGAAUUAUAUUUCAAUUUUUUUGACAUUUUUGUAUAACUAGAUAUAUAUUCAUAGAAAAAUUAUUUAUAACAUCUAUAAAAUGUCAUUUGUAUAGCUAAAUGAGGUUAUUUUGAUUAAAGUUCAAUUAUUGAUC